AUGGAUUUCCAUGACCCCCUUACAUUUACUAUGAGAGUUUUUAAAAGUAGCAAAAAAGCAUCAAUAAUCUUUUUUGUGUGUGGCAUAUUUGAUCUUCAAGGGUUUGUCAUCAAAGGAAGCCUGGCAGGAGCUGCUGUGUACGUGGCAUUUGAUCAGGGGCUGCUGGGGAAUGGCAAUCGAGGGGCAGAUGCCCUCAAAAAGGCUCGCUCAGCAGUGCCUCCAGCUGUACAGGAAUGGGCAAAUUACAUAGGUUGGGAGGUUCCAUCCACUCCAAAAUUUGACUUUUCUGUGUCUGAAACCUGGAACACAGGAGUUCAGGCCACUAUGUCUGCUCUAUCUGUGGCUCCCAGGAAGAUCCAGGAAUACACCCAGGAUGGCUGGAAGUACAUGAAGGGCCUCAUCAAGUGAACGUUCUCUCAGACGCUAGCUGUUACCUUGAUGCUACUGUGUCUGGGAUGAGAUGUAGUAAACACCACUAGAGGGCAGCUCAUCCAUCAUGCAAAGGCUCCAAUAAAAGACUCUGGCACGUCCUUUUGCAUCUGGAUUGGUGUUAGCAUGCAAGAUCUGCAA